ACUGCUCUGGCUCUCCUAUUGGUCCAUCCGCCAAGUAUACGUAUAUAUGUACAGUGUGUACAUAAGUGUUUACAUAGCGAGAGUAGCAGCAUACAUAUAUUUUCUAUAAAUUAUUUUUACUGCAAAGAGUUUAAACGAAGAGAUAUAUCUGCAUGAAACAGUAAAAGAAACUUUACUGAUAUAUAGAAAACGACGUUAAUUUAAAUAUGAAAGCAGUAAUACAACGAGUGACGAAAGCUAGCGUUUCAGGUAAUGAUCAGGUUAUACAUGUUUUAUUGUAAUGACGAAAAUUAUCGUGUCUUGUACGAUGCAAGAAUCAAGCAGAAAUAUCGAAUGCCUCUCAUAGUUAAUAAAAUAAAAGCUGUGUCGCAUUGUACUAAAUAAAAAAUAGCUUGAAUAGAUACAUGUAUUUCCCGUUCAUCGGUUCUCCUAAAACAACACUAUAAAUAAAUAAUUAUAUAUAAAAAUGUACAUCUAAACGAUAUUCCAAGUAAAUAAUAGGCUCUAAAUAUUGAUUUUGAAUGCCACACUUGGAAAAAGGUAUUUAUUUUUUAAAUGCGUUAUUAACGAUAAGAAGAUACAAUGGAACAGGACCAAAAAAAAGAUGAAAAGUCAUCAACUAUGAAGGAUGAACAUUCGGCAGAUAAUAUUUCGCAAGAGAAGGUAGAAGUAAAGAAUGUGGAACUAUAUGAUGUAGCUGUAAAUACAUCGGACGAUGAAUUAGCGAAUUCGCGACAAUCACGCGAGAUUCAAACGGAUCCGGCGGACACGGAAGUUGUGGAAAAGUUGAAAAGUAGACUAGACACAUUAAUGAAUUCUUUGGCAACUCUAUCAGCGGAAAAAUCGAAAAUGGAAGCGAAUUUUCAACAGGACAAGAAGCAACUUAGAAGUGAACGGGACGAAUGUGAAAAAGUAAUUAAAGAUUUGAAGGAAAAAUUGAGAAAGGCGCAAACUACGAAUCACUCAGAGAUCGAACAUGUGAAGUGUAAAUUAAUUAUGGAGCGUCACGAAAGGGAAAAGGAACAAAUUGAUCACGCGAAGAUGUUGAAAGAGCUUCAAAAAUUAUUGUACGAGGAACGACGAAGUAAAGAACAACUAGAGGCGCAAGUGAAAACUCAAUUCGCGAACAAGACACAAUGUAAAAUACUCGAGGCCGAAUUAGAGAUAACUAGAAAUAAGCUAAAGCAAGCAGAGGAAGCAGCUAAAGAGACGCCUCCGAUCUUAGUGUCCCUUCAAUCAGAAAUGGCUCUUAUGAAGAAACAACACUUGGAUGCGAUACAUGAAGAACAGAAAAGAGCUGCUGCGGCGGAGCAGCAAGCUAGAGUCUUAGCGAUGACUCACGAAGCACGGGUAGCCGGCUUGGAAGCAAGAUUGGCAGAACUUUCCGAUAUCGUCGGAGGCUACGAUAGGCUCAGGCAACAGGACCAACAAGCUAUUCAGAAGCUAAAAGACCAGCUGGCCGGUCUACAAGACUCUGAGCAUAAUGAUUAUUUUACUUUAAGUAACGAACCCGAGGAAAUUAUUUCUAAGAUGAAAAAUCUGUAUACGAAAUUAUUAGAUUCGGAUAAUAAAAAGAGUGAAUCGGCGCAUGUGAAAUCAUUGCUACGCAGUUUGGAUUUAUGCGAUAAGCAACAGGUUAUUGAAUACAAAGAGAAAUACGAGUCCCUUUCGCAAGAGUACGAAGAUUACAAGCAGCAAAUAAAAUACAGCCACACAAACAUGUCGCAUAAUAUGCAGAGCCAGAACGUUGCUUCAUCGAACGAAAUAAACAACAAGACGCAGCUCCAUUUUCUAAAAGCACAUAACAACAAUCUAGAGGAAAGGAUACGUGUGUUAAAUAACGAAGUAGUGAACAAAGAAAGAGAGAUGCAGUUAAAAUUGGAACAUCAAGAGAAGUCGUUUCAAGAGGAGCGCGCAGAAUUGAAACACUUGUUAUUCCAAAAGGAUAACGAAUUUCGUAGUAAAAUAUCCACGUUGGAGCAACAGUUAUUACGUCAACGAGGGCGAUCUAUGGCUCUUAUCGAAGAAAAGGACAAGGAAAUCCUGACUUUAAAAAGUUCUUUUCACGCUUUGUUACCUAACAAAGAAAACAUCGUAGAUAAUAAACCGAGUACGCUCAAACAUCAAAACGAAACGGAACCAGCUACCGAUUUGGUAACGGGAUUAUUGACAAGCGAUAGUCCUCCGAUACUGCAUUAUAGUCAAGAGUUAGCUAGAAAAGAGGUUCAAGUGUCGGCUUCUAGAAAGAAGCUUCUACAGUUGGAAGCUACCUUGCGGGAAAAGCAACGAGAAAUGGUUCAUAUAAACGAGAGACACAAAGAAGAUAUAAAAACGUUACAAACUCAAAUCACAAGACUCGAAGCCUGCAAAUCCAGAGAAGGUGCUAAUCUUGAAUAUCUAAAGAAUGUGUUUAUAAAUUAUCUGACGACGAGCGAUGUGUCCAGUAAACGGCAUAUGCUAAAUGCUAUUUCUACGAUCUUGCGUUUCACUCCGGAAGAAUCGAGUAAGAUAAAACACUAACUAAUACUGGUUUCAUUAUUUAUUUUAUAUAUUCCGGAUCUUAUGAUGAUCCCAAAUGAUUCUUUAUGCUAUCAUGAUGGCCAAAUUGAAUUUAAUCUAUUGCAUACUUAACAAACAAUAGAUGGGUACAUGACUUAAUUCUGAAUUUAUUAGCAAACCGGAGAGAAUACUUAUUUCCUACAGUUCUUUCAAAUGGUUUGUUAUCAUAAGAAAUUACAUGUUAUGCUGCCAAUGUAAAGAUUGUACAUCAACCUACAGUUUCUUUUGUUUUAUCUGUGUAAUAUUGAAGUUCGAUGUGCAAAGGAAAUAAAAAAAAUACAAAGAAGUUAAAAAGGAAGAAUUUGUACAAUUUAAGUUAUUUUUUAGUACAUUGUUUCACCACUCAUGUGCAAUUGUUAACUGAAUCCUAGUUUGACUCUGACUAAAGCACGUUCUGUUAAUGAUCGUGGGAGUUAUGGUAAUAAAUGAUGUGCUCUAGCAUCUAGAAGUUGUAUUUCCUCGGUGGUACUAGUAAUAAAAGAGGUGAAACAAA